AUGUGCAUUGCUGAACGGGUGUCGAGUAGGAAACUACAAGUUCUCGUUCUGAGUCUCCCUGAUGGGGGGGGGGAUUUUUUUGUUGUUUUUUUUUUUUUAUUUUGUCGGAGACAAGUCAAGUGGAAAUCCCCGCCAGGGCUCCGCCCAGCCAGCGCACAAAACCCUGCGCGCCUCCCUCAGCGGCACCACUCUGCCCCUGACCCGCUCGGAGAGAGACGGAGCUGCCCGCGCCCACCAGCACAGUCGACAAUUGACGUCCGCAGAGUGCCGAGCCACAGCGCAAUGGAUUACGACUCGGACACCGCGGGGCCCAAGCAGGCCAAGGCGCUGCCGUGCCAGGAGGACCGCUUCGACAGCGGCCUGGACUCCAUGAAGGACGACGAGCUGGCGAGCGAGUUCGAGGACAUGAGCGUGGACGCGCACGAGCACACGGAGGAGUACGAGCCGUGGAGGAGCGCGGUGACGGAGGACGGUGACACGCCUCUCCACUUGGCCGUCAUUCACGAAGCCACUGAACAUGCCCUCCAGAUGAUCAAGCUGUCUCACAAUCACCCCUUCCUCAACCUGCAGAACCACCAGAGACAGACUGCCCUCCAUCUAGCAGUGAUCACAGAGCAGCCCCAGUUGGUGGAGAGACUCCUGAAGGCCGGCUGUGACCCGCGGUUGGCUGACAACAGCGGGAACACGCCGCUCCACAUCGCCUGCAAGAAGGGCUCGCUCACCUGCUUCAGUGUCCUCACCCAGAACUGCCAGCGCCACCUCACCUCCAUCGUGUCCUUCCCCAACUACAGUGGACACAACUGUCUCCACUUGGCAUCUAUUAACGGCUUCAUUUCAUUGGUUGAAAACCUUGUCCAGCUGGGUGCAGACAUCAACGCACAGGAACAAUGCAGUGGACGCACGGCCCUUCACCUGGCUGUGGAUCUCCAGAACCCCACACUGGUCCGGUGCCUCCUCGCGCUCGGCGCCAACGUCAACUGCUUGAACUACGGCGGCUUCACGGCGUACCACCUCACCUAUGGGCGCCAGAGCGACGAGAUCAGGCACCAGCUGUACGAGCAGACGGCGCAGGAGCUGAGGGAGCUGCCCGAGAGCGAAUCGGACGAGAGCGAUAUGGAGGAUCUGGACCUGUCGGAGGAUGAGUUGUACGACGACAUAAAGUUCGGAAAGUAAACGGAACCAUCCCUCUGCCGAUGGUAUCGAUGACAGUGAAGCUGCUACUGGGUUGCCCGCGGCCCCCAAUGAGGGACGAGUUGGUACCUGUGCCCCAUCCAGGUCCAUGUCCACAGGUGCUGGCCCCGGGAUCACAAACGUGAAUGAAGAUGGUUUCCAGUCUGGUCAAAGCCAGUCCGGGUCACAGAACUCCUGUGUCAAGAACCAAAAAACCAGCAGGACCACAAUCUCCUUGUGGUCUUUUUCUAUACUGUAAAAAAUAUAUAUAUAUUGAUGUGUGUAUAUACACCUGACAUGUAAUAUAUUGUAAAUGCAGAGAUAUUAUUUUUGUACCUGUACAUACUAUACAUUUUGUGAAUUUAAGCACUAUAAACAAAACAAAAAAAACUGCUCAGAAUAAAAAAAGUCUAUGAAUAUAAA